GGGCAUCAUCAACGUGGCCUCGUCCACCAACCUGCUGACGGACUCCGGCAGCGUGCAGUUGGUUCUGGAGCCCGGCCUGCAGCUGCUGAGCCGCAAACAGAGGCGUCUGAUCCGCCAGAACCCCGGCAUCCUGCACAGCGUCAGCGCCGGGCUGCAGAGCGCCGUCAGGGAAUGCCAGUGGCAAUUCCGCAACCGCCGCUGGAACUGCCCCACAUCUCAGGGCCCCAACAUCUUCGGCAAGAUCGUCAACCGGGGUGAGGGACGUCGGGGGACCCGUCGUGGCCGUCCGGUGGGGCUGGGGGUGGUGGGGGUCCCCAUAGCGGCCGUCUCGUGGGCACGGUGGUGCUGGGGGUCUCCGUAG